AAAAAAGAAAAAGCUCCAAAAGAAGAGCUCUUUGCGACCAAAGAAAUAGAAAAAAAAGGAAAGAAUAGAAAUUACUCAACGGAGGCGCGCCAAUCGAGUUGGGUAGGGGGUUUUAUAUUUUAUUAUCAACUCCAAAAACACAAGCAAAUUCAUCAUGGCACCAACACAGCUCGGCAGACCCUCGACUUGUCUCGACUGCCUCCGACGACUCGCCCGAUCAGCCCCGCCAUUCUCAUCAUCAUCAUCAACCACGAUACCGACAACACUGUCGCUCUCUCCCUUCCUGUCCCCUGCGCAAACCCGAGGCGCCAAAACUACCAAGGCCGAGGAGGAAGAUCUACAGGGCAUUCCUGUGCGCUUGUUGGUUAAUAUCCCAGGCUUCGGUCGUAAACAUGCCAUCAUCCGCGUCAAGCCCGGCCGCAUGCGCAACUACUGGUUCCCCAAGUACCAGGCCGAGUACAUGACGGCCCAGCGCUUCAAGGAGAUGGGGCUGACCGAGGCCGCCAUCGGCGUGCGCGACCGCACCUUCGGCACCAAGCUCGUCCUCGACCACGGCGACAACAACAACAACAAUAACAAGAAGGCCGAGACCGACGACCCGUCGUCUUCUCGGGAGCCCAAGAAGCCCAAGAAGGAGACCAUGUUGCUGCCUCCCGAGGAAUCCCUCUCCCUCCUGCAAGCCCUGCUCCCCCCAACCCUGACCUUCGCCCGCAAAGUCAACACCUCCGUCUCCCUGCCCUCCCAACCGCAGCCCGAGCCAGCACCCGAGCCCACAACCCCCCGCUCGCCCUCCCUCUCCGCCAACGCCGCCGUCUCCACCUCCUCCUCCUCCUCCUCCUCCCCCCCACCUACCCCCGUAGCCACCGUCUCGCAAGCCGCGCACGUCCCCAUCUUCGGCUCCGUCUCCACGACGGACGUGCUGGCCGCGAUCCGCGAGACGCUGGAGGCGGCGGACCCGGCGCACGCGGGCCGCCUCGCGCUCGAGGCCGAGGGCGUGCAGAUCCUGGGCUUGGACGAGGAGGGGGACGACCGCAUCAAGCGGCUUGGCACUUUCGAGGUCGUGCUCACGGUUUCUGCCGAGCUGGAGCCCGUGCGCAGGGAGGUUAGUGUUGUGGCGGAGGAGUAAAAGGGGGGUUUAGGGGGGGAGGGGGGAGUAUCUACGACUGCCUAGCAUACCUAGGUAGGUACUAGGUACCUAGGCAUCUACAUAAGUACGAGAUCUUGUCUAUAUACCUACCUAACCUAACCUAACCCAACCUACCUGCCGGCCUACCAUUCAUUCCUUUUACGCCAGUUAGGAGGAUGAAGGAUGAAGGAUGAAGGAUGAAGGAUAGACAAAAAAAAGAAAAAGAAAAAGAGAGAGGGAUCAACCCCUCAACAUAUUCAACUACUAAAGUACAAACAAGGCCUUGCUUGCUAACCCUAGGUUAGUUAGCUAAGCUACCUGGUUUACGCAAGAUGCGUUUGGUAUACCUCACCUUAGUUUGGUUGUAUGUUCGACAUGUACGAUUACAACACAGUGCUAUACAAUACUAUACAAUACUAUACAAUA